AUGGCUAUGCACUUCAUUGUUUAUUUGAUUUUAGCGCUCUGUUCGGGAGUAUUGACAGCAUCCACAAAGAAUGAAGCUGUCCCUCAAGCAAGGAUAAUUGGUGGCCAUGAGGCUAAACCAUACAGUCACCCCUAUUUAGUAUCUUUACAGUUACGAUUUCUUUGGCUCCGUGGUCAUAUAUGUGGGGGUAGUAUCAUCAAAGAAAAUUGGGUUCUUACAGCGGCCCAUUGCAUUCAAGAGUCAUGGCUUACAAGAUGGCUGCCUUUGGAGGCUGUUGCUGGAACAAACGAUGUUUAUGAUUUUGGAUCAUUAGCUCAAGUGAACUCAGUAGACCAAAGAAUACCACAUCCCAAUUACCAAGGCGGAAUCGGUCCAUAUGACAUUGCUGUACUUCGAACUGCUACACCGUUCUACUUCACAAGAGAAGUGCAACCAAUACAAUUACCUUUAAAUAGUAAUAUCGAUGGUGAGUCCCUCCAAUUGGCCGGAUGGGGUGCGUUAAGAACGACCUCCUUCCUUCCAGAUUUGCCCAGCAGAUUACAAGAAGUAGAAGUCAAAUACAUUCCUUAUGAUGAAUGCAAUAAUGCUGUUGCCGAACUUCUAGAAAACGAUGAAAGUAAUCCACUCGACAGAAAUGCACACAUUUGUACUGGUCCUCUAUCUGGAGGUAUUGCAGCCUGUAGUGGAGAUUCAGGUGGACCAUUGAUUGAAAUGGUACCAUCAGAAGCUAAUGAUGACGAAGCUUAUGAUGAUAACUUUGAAGACAGUGAUAAACUUAGGACUAGGAAUGAUGAUUCAAGUAUACCAGUCAUUCGUGGUAUCGUCUCAUGGGGUAUUAGUCCGUGUGGUAUCGAAGGGGGUCCUACCGUAUUUACCAAUGUCUUUGAAUAUAUCGACUUCGUUAAGCAAUAUAGCGACACUCCCUCUUCAUCAAUUAAUUAA